UCACGAAGUUUUGUACGUAAUUAUAAAUUUAUCCUCUUAAAACCUCUUACACAUCACAAAACUCAUCUGAACAACACCCCCUAAUACCUAAUCUAUAUAAUACCAAUAUCGCAAUGGCAGACAAAGCAGCAGAGAUCGGCAGGCCCAUGAAGUUCCCCCACACCUUCACAUCGAAACUGGUGCAGUUUCCAUGGAAGCACUACUUCACCAACCAGUGGAUCUGGAAGUACUAUGCCAUUGCUGUAGUUGUAUCCAUUCCUGUCUUCAAGAAAAUCAGCAACUUGGCCAAUUCACCCGAAAAUGUAGCCAAGUGGGCCGAGAUCCGCCGCAAGGAGGCCGCUGAACAUCAUUAAUAAGCUUUUAAAUGUACAAUUGUUCUUCAGAUUAAAUAAAAUAGAAUAUUACUAGAA